AUGGCCGCGUGUGGAAUGGACGUACAGCUUAGGCAACUGCUUGAUGUUAUCACAGUAUACUGUGCUCUUAUCCAUCUUACUUUUUGUUCACGUGCUAUCAGACUACGUAACGGUACAACGAAAUUAGAGGGACGUGUUGAAGUACUUCACAAUGGAACAUGGGGUUCCGUCUGUGGGGAUGGUAUAGACACAAACUUUGCCAAGGUCGUGUGUCGACAGCUCGAAUAUUCUACUGACAAUGUGACGUUACGUUCGCAUGCCUAUUUCGGUGCAGGUAGUGGCCAGAUUUGGCUUGACGAUGUUACUUGUCAAGGAAACGAGAGUAUGAUCGACUGGUGUAUGUCACGCCCAUGGGGACAGCACAACUGCGGACAUAAUCAAGAUGUCGGAGUUACAUGUAGUGAAACUGCUAUACGACUACAUAACGGUGCAGUGCAAUUUGAGGGUCGUGUUGAAGUAUAUCACAGUGGAACAUGGGGUACGAUCUGUCGUACAGAUAUAAACUUUACCAAGGUCGUAUGUCGACAGCUCGGAUAUGAUACGGACAACGUGGCGAAUGCCUAUUUCGGUGCAGGUAAUGGCCAGAUUUGGCUGCACUAUGUUACUUGUCGGGGGAACGAGACUGUGAUCGACUUGUGUAUGCUCAGACCAUGGGGACAGCAUUACUGUGGACAUGGAGACGAUGUCGGAGUUAUUUGUAGGGCGUGCUCUGUACCGGACGUAAAAGACGCUUCCAAAGAUUCUAGGGCAGCGAUUGCUUACACAACGAUAGUAACGUACACAUGUGCAGUAGGUCACAUCCAUACUAAUGGCGAUUUAGUAAGGACAUGUCAGGAUGACGGCCAAUUGGACGGUAUUUCCCCAACUUGUACUCGAGGUUCAAGUCUUAUUAGACUACGAAACGGUUCAACGCAAUUAGAGGGUCGUGUUGAAGUAUCUCACCAUGGGACAUGGGGUACUGUCUGUGGGUCUGUUAUAGAUAUACAAUUUGCCAAGGUCGUUUGUCGACAACUCGAAUAUGCUACGGACAAUGUGACGGUACAUUCGAGUGCCUAUUUCGGUGCAGGUAGUGGCCAGAUUUGGCUAGACGAUGUUACUUGUCAAGGAGACGAGACUAUGAUCGACUUGUGUAUCUCCAGUCCAUGGGGACAGCACAACUGCGGACAUAAUGACGAUGUCGGAGUUACAUGUAGUUCAAGUUCUAUAAGACUACGUAAUGGUGCAAUACAAUUAGAGGGACGUGUUGAAGUACUUCACAAUGGAACAUGGGGUACGGUAUGUGGGAAUGGUUUAGACAUAAACUUUGCCAAGGUUGUGUGUCGACAGCUCGGAUAUAAUACGACCAAUGUGGCGGUACUUUUGAAUGCCUAUUACGGUGAAGGUACUGGCCCAAUUUGGCUGGACGAUGGUACUUGUCAAGGAAACGAAAGUGCGAUCGACUUGUGUAUGUUCAGACCAUGGGGACAGCACAACUGUACACAUGGAAAAGAUGUUGGAGUUACAUGUAUAACCUGCUCUGUACCGAACGUAGAUGGCGCGGUCAAGGAUAAUCGGGAUAAUCGGGAUACGAUUGUUUACAACAUAACCGUAUCGUACUCAUGUGCAAGAGGCCACGUCCAUACUAAUGGCAGUUUAGUAAGAACAUGUCAAGCUGACGGCCAAUUGGAUGGUAUUUCACCAACUUGCACUCGAGACCGUUUGUCUGACGAAUCUGACAUCCUUAAUAACAUACGACACGGAAAAUACUGGGAAUAA